AUGCCCCCCACUACGCCCUCCUUUGACUGGUCCCAGGGCUCCGUCUUCCUACAAGACGGUAUAAUUUACUACUCUCCCAAUUGUAACCGACCAGUCCGUAUCAAGGCCCCAGAGCGGAAUCACCCCCACCCAUUCCCCGAACGUGCAGAGCCAGAUCCCACCUCUGUCAAGCAUCCUGUCUGGUGGACAGACACCUUUGGGUGGAUGUCCUUCAUACCGCUCAACCCAUCCUUUAUCUCCGACCCCUUCGACACCUUUACCUGGCAGCCUGAGCUGGAUGUAACUCCUAGCUAUAAUACUCCACCCGGUCCCACUCUCUACCAGCUCGAAAUUCAUACUAUAAAGCAUUGGCGGUUUAAGGAACAAUGUUUACUGGAAGCUGCGCACAAAAUGAAGCUAUGGUACCACGUACCAGCCAGUCAACCACCCCCGCCUUCCAUCUUUAAAUACGAUGAGCCCUACACAUCGAAAGAAGAAGCUUAUCGCCAGAUUAAAUUGGCGCGAGAUUGGUUUGCCGUAUGGAUGGGAUUCUUUGCAUAUUUCGCUGCGUGUGCAAAGUAUGACAAGUAUUGUGCAGGAAAGAUGGUGAGAGAACAGGGCGAGUUACUACCCCGAUGGUAUACCAGGCUGCUCGAGGAGGUUCCGAUGCUACAGCGAUCCUGGUUGGACGGGCUUUUAACAUCGCCAGCGUGUGUAUUCUCACCCGACACUCAGCGUGCAGGGAUAGUUAUUCCCUGGUAUGAAUAUGACAAUCGGAGGCCCGAGAUACAGUUCUUCCUGGACCAGCAGAUUCCUGUUUUCUUUCCGUGGUGUGCCAUCGCAGAACAGGCCAUCAUAAACAACCCCACCCUUCGCUAUCUUGAGCCUCCUGCAAACCUUGUUCGGGAUGCCCUUGAGAAGUUUCUGAACCGAUUCCCCAGUGUUCCUCUCGCUGGCCUAAUCCUUAGUACGUCGUUGGUCACGAAAUAUAUGUAUGAAAAAUUUGCCUCGCAAACCGACAAGGUCAAGGCGGCUAUGGAGGAGAACCAGGUGGAGGCCACGGUUGCAGAAUUGAGGGAGAUAGUAAGCCGAGCCAUGGACAUGGACCUCGCAGAGGCCGAGCGAGCCAUAGCAAAUCUCCCCACUCACGAUUGGAUGGACAAAGGUGACUACCACCGGAGAGGAGAGUUGUACGACCACGUCUCGAUAUUCUUGGAGAAACGCGAGAGAAACCAGCGCUUUAUCAUUGCGACUGAGACCGAGGACGCAAAGAUCAAAAGGCUUCAAAGAGAGGAGGCCCUCCCGGGGUACAACACAUCGGUCUAUAGGUGGAAAAGUGUCACAACGCCGGGGGGGGAAGGAAUUAUACAUGCGAGUUCGCCUCCUUCGAUCAAAGCACGAGAGACUGUUCGCAAAGUCUCAAACGAGUGGGACAUUUUUGAUGAAGUGGAUUUGCCACGAAAAUAUCUGCAAUUUGUGGACCCCCCUCCUAGGAAGGACGGUUAUAUCUACGACUAUCCUAUCCAAGCCGCCCGCAUCAAUCCCCAGUCCAUCAUCCCCGACAACGAUGUACCCCGUGUGGAAUCCGUUCCCGUCAUCCCAGAACCCUGUGUAGACUCUUCCUCGGGUGGUGCGACUUCCCCUCAUGAACCUCAGUACGAAACAUUCCCCAUGGACACGGAGGAAUUUCAGGAGGGGCCUUCCCAGCCUCCGGUACAUCGUCCAGAGCCGGGCCCCUCCACCAUGGAUACCGACACUGAUGAAGCUUCGAAAAUCCACGAUUACGAUUGGGACACCGCCGACCUCAUCUCCAACUUGCGAUACAGCUAUGGAUUCGUAGCCUCUGUAGUCCCGAAGAAGGAGGAUAAGACACCGGAAGGCUGGAAACACGCCUGUCAACACUUUGGGUUUAGGAAGGAUGGGGCAGAACAGUUUGUCUCAAACACGGAUCAUCAACUCAUCUGUCAGUUUCAUGACGGUUUGAUGGGGUCAACUGACCGUCCGCUCCCUCAAGACAUUCACGAUCUCCACCCGCAAAAUUACCUAUCCCUUCAAGUUUUAGGGAAUCUCAGCCUCAUCCAUCGGCCCAUCCCAAAUCUAUUUGUUUUCGCUCAUCACGACAUACGUGCACCUCAGGAAGAGUCCGACAGAAUGUCUGCUGAUUGGAGUAUUGGAGUCGAAACCCCAGAGGCUGCUUUAUAUGUCUUACGAGUCUUCCAGUCCCAUCCUGGGCAUACAGUUGUCAGUGUGGCACACAGACUUUUGUCCAAAGGAGUGCAGUUUCGAACUCUUGUCGGGCGUAAAAAUGUGGUUCAGGUGCAUCAACCCUACAAGGAAGUUACCUUUUACCGCAAAGUCAGCUACAAGUUUACCAACGACGACUAUGAGUCCUCGAUGCUGGCCUGUCGGCAGAUACUGGACCAACAACGCGGUCGUGCAGCGCUACUCAUGGGUGGAAUAGUAGGACGAAUCGCCAAAGAGUAUCUGAGCACAGAGUCUGUUCUCCAGGGCCCAUCAGUGGAAUUGCUGAGAAAUGGACGCGGAUAUGUCGCUAAUCCAGAGGCCGAGUUGCUGGCUUACUGCGAUGACGGGCUUACAGAACACGAUAUUGCGAUUAUUAUCGGGUCGUAUUCUCUCAUGACGGAUUUUAAAAAUCAGGUCGGAGUCAAGUCUUGGUUUCCUCCCCCGGCGGUAUGGAAUGAAAUCGACAGGAAUGGGAUAGGAUGGCUGGAAUGGACUGAACGCAACGAGUACUGGUACCAGACUAGGCUGGAAUUAAUUCGAAAUGGCAAAGCGCAACCUUUAACGCUUCAAGACUGGAAGAGCCUUCUCAAAAAUAAGCCAGUCCGUGUUCUAAGGGAAUCGGUGCGAGCUCGAUCAGCGGCAUUUGUCCAUGAACAUAUCCCCGUAACCAGGAAUCCUCGUAGAUAG